AUGCGCGGGGAAGGCGGGGCGGCCGGAACCGGGGGCGGACGGACCGAGGGGAGGCCGGACCGCGAAGGCCGCGGCGCCGCCGGAAGGCGGGGGUCGUGCGCGGCCGGGCUGGAGGAGCUGCGGGGCCGGGGGCGGCCGCACAAGCGGCGGCGGCCGGGCUCACCGCCGGGCUCGGCGGCGGCGGCGGCGGCGGCGGCGGCGGCAGCGGGGUCACCGGCGGGGUCACGGGCGGGGUCAGGCUACCUGGCCCUGGCCCUGGGCCUCCUGGAGGCGGGGGCCGGACCCCCCGAGCCGCCCUUGGCCGAGCCGCCCUUGGCCCAGCCGCCCUUGGCCGAGCCGCCCUUGGCCGAGCCCCCCUUGGCCGAGCCCCCCUUGGCCGACCCCCUCGGCUGCCUCCCCGGCCGCUCCCGCCUCCUGGACCAGCUCAUCCACGACCUGAACGAAAUCAACGAGGUGCCCUUCUUCGACGUCCAGCUGCCGUACGAACUGGCCUUAAAGAUAUUCCGCUACCUGGGCAGGGCCGACCUGGGGAGGUGCGCCCAGGUGAGCAGGACGUGGAAGGUUCUCUCGGAAGACGAGGUGCUGUGGUACAGAUUGUGCCAGCAGGAAGGGUACCUUCCGGAGACGGGGAUCUCCGAUCGUUCCCGCUGGAAACUUGCCUUCCGAGACUCCCAGGCCAGGGAACGCGCGCUCAGAAGCAACUGGAAGAAUCGCAGCGGUGCCGUCAGCCAGCUGCAGUACGAGAUGGGAGGAGUCCUCGGCGACGUCCAUUCCUGCGAAGGAGUCGUCAUAGCCGGGUACACGUCCGGAGACGUGCGCCUCUGGGACACCCGCGCCUGGGACUACCCGGCCCCCAUCCUGGACCCGGGGCCCGGCCCCGCCCCGUCCGACCCCGCCCAGCCCGGCCCCCCGACUCAAGUCUCCCUGGUGAGGAUCAACCCCUCCCUGGCCGUAGCCGCCUACGAGGAUGGGGCCGUGAGCGUCUGGAGCCUGCUGGUGGGUCGCGAGCCCAUCCACCGCUACCGGCACAACCAGAGGAUCCGGGCCUUGGCCCUGAGCCCGGACGGGGCGGCCGUAGCCACCGCCUCCGCUCUGGAGGUCAGGGUGGAGUACCCCAAGGACGCCGGCUACUGGCUGGGCACCGCCCAGUUUGACGUUCAGAAGCCGGUCAACUUCCUUCACCUGAUUGCGGAUAGCGGCGAGUGUCCCGUGGCCGUAGCCGCGGCCGAAGACGUGGUCCACGUGCUGAGGGCGGGAGAGGCCGGCCGGGUUCUGCACUGGGUGUACGGCCAGCCCGUCACCUGCCUCGACGUCUCCGCCUCUCAGGCGGCGUUCGGGGUCAAGAGCUCGGGGUGGAUCCAUGAAGGGAACAAGAUCCUGCUCUACGGCCUACAGACCGGCCAGUGCCUGACCGCCCUGGGCGGCUCGCUCGGCGACUUCACCUGCCUCAACCUCCGCCACAGCCCGCCCCACCUCCUCGUUGCCGGCAGCAAGGACAGAAGGGUCCGGGUGCUGGACGUGCGCAGCCGCUCGCCGCUGUCGUCCCUCUACGCCCACCCGCUGGGGGUGUCGGCCGUCCAGAUGGACGACUGGAAGGUCGUCAGCGGAGGAGAGGAGGGCCUGGUGUGCGUGUGGGACCGCCGCAUGGGGACCAAGCUGUGGGAGAUGCACGCCAGGCACCCUGUGCGUCACGUCUGGUUCAACGCUCACAGCCUCAUCACGGCCAACGUGCCCGACGAGAAGACGCCCCGCGGAGCCAGCCUCACGGACGAUGACCUGACCGCUCACCGAAGGCACCGGGGCAUCAUCCAGGCCUACGAGUUCUCGGCGGAGCGGCCGGCCCGGGAGAGCGUCCUCCCCAUCUGCCGCUCGUCCUACGACGAGGUGACCGGCUACAACUACAACAUCGGCCUGGCCGUCCCCUACGACAACAUUUAGGGCCGGGGGCGGCCGGACCGGGCCGCACCAGGCCGGGGCAGCGCGUCUCGGAGCCGGGGGGGGACCAGGAUGGGGGGCGU